CCGGGGAGGCGGCCCCUGCACCCCGCACCGCCCCCGGUCGGGAGCGCGCAUUCCCGCCCCGAGCACCGCAGCGCCGGGAACGACUAGCCCAGACCUGGGCUACCAGAGGAGGCAGCGCCGGACGGUGCUCAGAGCAGCGGCGCCCGUGGGCCGGGGCGGACCAGCCGGGUGGAGAUGUCUGCCGAGAGGUUAAUUUCUAACAGAACAUUUCAUCAAUCUGUACCUAAUUCCGAUUACACCUGGGAAUAUGAGUAUUAUGAGAUUGGACCAGUUUCCUUUGAAGGACUGAAGGCUCAUAAAUAUUCCAUUGUGAUUGGAUUUUGGGUUGGUCUUGCAGUCUUCGUAAUUUUCAUGUUUUUUGUGCUGACCUUGCUGACCAAGACAGGAGCUCCACACCAAGACAAUGCAGAGUCUUCAGAGAAGAGAUUCAGAAUGAACAGCUUUGUGUCAGACUUUGGAAGACCACUGGAGCCAGAUAAGGUGUUUUUUCGACAGGGCAAUGAGGAAUCCAGGUCUCUCUUUCAUUGCUACAUUAAUGAAGUAGAACACUUGGAUAAGGCCAAAAUUUGUCAGCAGACCACAGCCCUUGACAAUGACGUUCAACUCCAGGAAGUCAUCAGAAGCAGCGAGCGGCCAGAGGAGGAGCUGAAUAGGCUCAUGAAAUUUGACAUCCCCAACUUUGUAAACACGGACCAGAACUCCUCCUUUGGAGAUGAUGAUCUUCUGAUAUCAGAACCGCCUAUUGUUCUAGAAAAUAAGCCAGUUUCCCAGAGCUCACACAAAGACCUGGAUUGAGAAACAUGCUCUGUAAAGUGUCUUCCUGAAGAUGUUGGAUCUGUGUGUGUCUACCAAGAAAACUCCACUCAGCAAGGGUAAUAAAUUGUGUGCAUGCUUGUGUGUGUGAGAGAAAGAAGAGACAAAGAGACAGAGACAGAGAGAGAGAAAGACAGAGAGCCCCUCAGAAGAGAGCCGAUUAAGCCAUGUUUUAUGCCUUUACAUAUUUGGGACUUUUUUUGGGAAUAAAGUACACUGUCUCAUCUUGUUGAAAAAUUUGGCCACAUGCUCAGUGUCAGCAUUCCUCGGGGUGGCAGUUAUCAUACUGCAUUCCACUCUGGCCCUGCCGCUACCAUGCUCUACCUUUAGCAAGUUGCCUUACACCUCUGGGCUGCCACAUUUCUAACUGUAAGGUGAGGAGUCUGGAGUAGGUAAUCUAUCCCACCUCUAAUAUUUUAUGAACUUAUGAGUUUGUAUCCAGACAAGGCUGGGAUAUAUACAUAAAGCAUUAGAAAUGAGGGUGCUGCCACCUCUUACUGUAGGAUCCCCCAAAUGU